CAUUUGAUGAAGUUGCUUGGCUGGUUGUUGAAGACAAUAAAAGUCCAAGCUAAUUGUUGGUUCAAUUAAUUUAAUUAAAGUACAGUGACUUGGUUGGUUGUUGAUGGAAAUUAAUGUUGGACGUUGGAUGAAGGCUAGGAAAUGAAUGCUCUAAGUCAUAUUCAGUUUUUCAACAGCGGGUCCAUGAGUGGCCUUUGAUCGGCUUUUGAAAAGUCAAAAUUAAUAAAUAAGGGGACAGGAGAAUCAGAUAUUCCUCCUGAGUUCAAUUUUGUAGAAAAGGAAAAUGGAUUGAAAAAGAAAAAACCGAAAAGAAGGGUAGCUCUGCCGCAACUCGCAGCUUAAAUCUUGACUUCUAUGGAAAUUCGAGACUGGAGACAUAUAUUACUUUCUCCGAUUUGAAAAGAUCAACCAUCAGAAAAUCAAUGGAAGCCAUUACCCAUCUUUUCGUCUACUCUUUCUUGUUCUCCCUGUUUAGAAUCUCCAUUACGCAAGACACUAUUACUCCAAGUCAAUCAAUCAGAGACGGUGGCACUUUAGUUUCAGCUGGCCAAUCAUUUCAAUUGGGAUUCUUCAGCCCAGGUAAUUCCAAAAGUCGAUAUGUGGGGAUAUGGUACAUGUUAUCUUCGGAUACAAUUGUAUGGGUAGCCAACAGGAACGCUCCGCUUAACGAUCACUCAGGAAUUCUAACGGUCACUGGUGAUGGAGUUCUUGUGCUUCUUAAUAGCACGAAUGGUACUGUUUGGUCAUCAUCUAAUACACCAAAUAUCUCUGGAAAUCCAGUUGCACAGCUCUUGGACACCGGGAAUCUUGUUGUGAAAGAUGGAAAUGAGAACUUUUUGUGGCAGAGUUUUGAUUAUCCUUGUGACACACACCUACCGGAAAUGAAGCUUGGAUGGGAUUUAGUUACUGGUUUAGAUAGGUUUUUAUCAUCUUGGAAGAGCACGGAUGAUCCUGCUCAAGGUGAGUAUUCUGUACGCAUUGAUCCUCGUGGGCUUCCGCAAAGGGUUAAUAUGAAGGGAGAUUCAAUAACGACUAGAGCAGGGUCAUGGAAUGGCCUUAGUUUUACGGGUGGUCAAGGGUUAAGACCGAAUCCAGUAUUUGAGUAUGAAUUCGUGUUCAAUGAGAAGGAGGUCUACUACGAGUACAAACUCCUAAACAGCUCUGUUUUCUCAAGAUUUGUGGUAAGCCCAUCAGGAGUUUCGCAACGAUUCAAUUGGGUAGAUCGGACACACAGUUGGGAGCCUUUCUUUACAUCCCAGGCAGAUCAGUGCGAAAAUUAUGCCUUUUGCGGUGCAUAUGCUACCUGCAACAUCAAUAACUCUCCUGUAUGUACAUGCUUGGAAGGAUUCUUCCCCAAGUCUUCAAAAGAUUGGGAUUCAGUAGAUUGGUCUGGUGGGUGUGUUCGAAGGACUCCUUUGGAAUGCAAUGACAGGGAUGGAUUCCUGAAGCGCUCGGGGCUGAAAUUACCUGACACAUCUUCCUCUUGGUUUAACAGGAGCAUGACCCUCAUGGAAUGCAAAGAAAUGUGUUUGAAAAACUGCUCAUGCACAGCAUAUUCAAGUUUAGAUGUCAGGGGAGGAGGAAGCGGCUGCGUACUUUGGUUUGGUAACCUUGUUGAUAUGAAAGAACUCGCUGAGGGUGGGCAAGACCUAUAUAUAAGGAUGGCCAUUUCCGAACUUGGUCAUCUCGAGAAAAAGAAGCACUACAACAUGAAGAAACUAGUAGGAAUUAUAGUCGGCUUAGCAUUACUAGUCGUGGGAAUGACAAUAGUUGGACUGGUCAUAUGGAAGAAGAAACUCAGAAACCAAGAAAUGGCAAAAGGAAGUCAGAAGACGGAUUAUGACAAUGAAGGUGAAAAGGAAGAUAUGGAGUUACCGAUAUUUGAUUUGACAGCCAUAAAAAAUGCAACGAAUUAUUUUUCAAUCAACAACAAGCUAGGGGAAGGUGGUUUUGGACCUGUGUACAAGGGUACAUUGCUAGAUGGGAGAGAUAUUGCUGUGAAGAGGCUUUCAAAUAAUUCUGGACAAGGACUGCACGAGUUAAAAAAUGAAGUUAUUUUGAUUGCCAAACUUCAACACCGUAAUCUUGUGAAGAUCCUCGGUUGUUGCAUUGAAGAAAAUGAAAACAUGUUAAUCUAUGAAUACAUGCCCAACAAAAGUUUGGACUGCUUUAUUUUUGAUCAAGCAAAGAGUAAAUUGCUAGAUUGGCAUACGCGCAUCAACAUUAUUCGUGGUGUUGCUAAAGGGAUUCUUUAUCUUCAUGAAGAUUCAAGAUUGAGAAUUAUUCAUAGAGAUCUCAAAGCUAGCAAUAUCCUUCUAGAUGACAAUAUGAAUCCAAAAAUUUCGGACUUUGGCCUUGCUAAAUCAUUUGGGGGAGAUCAAAUUGAUUCCGAGACCGAUAGGAUUAUUGGAACAUAUGGUUAUAUGUCUCCUGAGUAUGCGGAGCAUGGACAAUACUCGGUAAAAUCUGAUGUAUUUAGCUUUGGAGUUUUAGUAUUAGAGAUAGUGAGUGGGAAGAGGAACAGAGGAUUUUGUCACCCAGACCACCACCUUAAUCUUCUUGGACAUGCAUGGAAACUAUGGAUUGAAGACAAGCCAAUGGAACUGAUCGAUGAAUUGAUAGGUGACUUGUACACUCAAUCCAAUGUAUUACGACACAUUCAUGUGGGUCUGUUAUGUGUUCAACAAAGACCAGAAGAUAGACCAAACAUGUCGUCUGUGGUUCAAAUGUUUACUAGUGAGAGUUUCUUGCCGAAGCCGAAACAACCGGGUUUCUUUAUAGAUUCACUAGAAGAAGAUUCUUCAUCUAGCAAGCAUAGAACUUGUUCAGGAAAUGAAAUCACAACUAUAUCACUUGAAGCACGAUAAUAAAUAACAUCACUUGGAAGCCAAAGGGAAGAGUUUUUUUUUUUUCUUUUUCUUUUUUAAUGAAGUUAUGUAAUCUUGAUUUCAACAUAUUUAGCUAGAAGCUACUAUUCUACUGUAUAA